AUGACCGACAAGACACGACUUGGCCAGCAAUGCGUGUACGCAGGAGAAGCAAUAGAGGAGGGCUCCGACUUCGCCAAAGGCAUGGACUCCCGCGUCACCAAGAUAGAGAAUAAACUCGACCAGUUGAUGGAAUACAUCAAUUCCCUGGGCCGAAACAGGGCAGAACACACGCCCGAUCCAUGUGAGGUUCAUCCAAUUGAUACAUCCCAUCCUGUGGUUUCGGCAUCGGAUAAUAGCUCUACGAAAUAUUCACCAGAUCCAUCGGCAAUUCAGCUUUACUUAAAGUUCUGCAAUUCACAACCUCUAUCACUAUUCCCGCAGAAUACGGUGGCUGUAUCUCUAGAAAAUCGAGAUCCAGAACUUGUACUUUGUCUCGAGGCAUUGGGUAUUCGCUUCCAUGGACAUGGAAUCCAGGACAGCGAAGUGGCGAUGCGGAUAAGAAAGAACACAGAACAAGCCAGUAAGGUCGUCAUGACUCGUUUGCUGGAUGGCUGCGUUGAGUUGUCCACCAUUCAGACAUUUUGCUUGCUAAGCGUCCUAGAAUUCACUGCUGGAAAUAUCAUUCGAGCAGGUUACUACGCAAACACGGCACGAUAUCUUAUACAAAAUACCGGAUCUCCCAAUCUAGACUUUUUCAAUCAUCUCGAUGCUGAAAAAGAUGAGCGCAAACUUUGCUACGCCAGUAUAAUUCUGCUCCAAAAUUUCCAGGGUUCUUUGGACAUUCGGCGCCUUGAGGAGGCAGCCAGGCCUUUUGGCAGCAGGGCCCUUACCGCGCCAUUAUUCGAGGGCCUGGCUUUAGGGAAGACCCUCGGGAGGGCAUCCAAGCUGGAAAUUGGUAUAAACUCCGCGAACCUGUACACGAGUGAAUUGUGGAGCCUAGCCUGUCACUAUGCUCUCAAUCCGGUCUGUGCUGAUACACAACCGCCAUGGUCACCGCAGUCAGAUUAUUCCACGAUUAAUUACUGGCACACCGAACAUGAGAGUUGUAUGCCGCUGAGAUUCCGGCUACACGCUAGUCGCUUCUCUGACUUCCCACUGGGGGAAAUACAAGCCCACCGAGAUUACUGGGGUCCAUGGUUUUUGUUCCAAAUCGGAUGGCACGCAGUCCAGUGUAUCUUGAAUCACCCAUUUCUCCUUUCUAUGCGACUGCGGAACUUCCGAGGGACGAUGCCGCAAUCCUUCCUCCGUAGCUCUUUCGAGCAGCUGACACUGCACUCUGGGUGGAUUGUGCAUUUCCUCGAUCUUAUCGAAGAAAAGGGCUUUGAGAUAUCUGAUCCAACCAUAGGCCACUGUGUGACUGUUGUGGCGACGAUAUGCCUGCAGCACAGCUUUGCUGAAGACCAGGCCUUCAGUAUGAAAGCUCAGACAGGAUUUGAUAAAUGCAUGCGAUUCUUAAACCUAAUGGGGAAUCGUUGGCUUCAUAUAAACCGCCAGGCCACUCAAUUAGAGCAACUACGCGACAGUAUUUCUCCCGGAGGUCUUCUCCCUGGCGAUAAUAGUACCCAUAUAAUGAAUACGGAUAGCCCUCGAAGACGUUGGUCAAUUAAUCUCCAGCUGCUAUGGAAAGUCCUUGUCUACCAGCACGCCAGCCAAAACACAAAUGGGUCCGAUGAUAUCUUUGGACAAAAGCUGACUGAACAUAUUGUGAACCCAAACAUCUCUCAGGUGAAUUCAAUUUCUGACCCUGAUUUUGCGCUCGUUGGAUCGGCUGGCAUAUCGGGGCACAAAACGGUCGCAGCAGAAUGUGUCACAUAUCCUCCUGAGCAGCCUGAGCACCGGGGUCCUUCAGCGCCGUCUCCGAUACAGGAAGCGGACCCGUUUUUUGAAUCCGUCAUGAUCAUUCAUAUACAUACUUUUCUGGUCCGGCACACGGCCCGGUUCCGUGAUCUCCGGACGCCAAGAGCCGGACUAGGCCGGGUUGAGCUCACCAUUCUGGAUGUCUUGAAAAGUGAUUCGAUUUUGGUCGUGGGUGCCGGCGUCUUCGGUCUUUCCACGGCCCUAGAAUUGAAACGUCGAGGGUACGAAGAUAUCACGGUUUUAGACCGAUAUACACCUCCAGCAGAAGAUGGGAGCAGUGUCGAUAUCUCACGGAUUAUCAGGAUCGACUAUGCCGACCCUGUUUAUUGUCAGAUGGCCCGGGAAGCCUACGAGGGCUGGACGACAGACUACAAGGAGCAUUAUUACGAAUCCGGGUUUGCACUUCUAUCGGAGACGCCCCGGAACGAGUGGAUUGAAAAGUCACGCGCUACCGUCCUUUCGAUCGGGGGACGAGUUGAAGACCUGGCAGAUGCGACACAGUUGCUGGAGUCAUUCCCGAACAUUCAAUCUGACCUUUCUGGCAUGAACGGCUACCUGAACCGGCUUGGGGGGCUGGGCAAAUGCUGCCGGCAGCAUACAGAAGCUCGCUUCACGAUGCAGUCUUGA